GCUUUCCCUGGAGCACAUCAGAUGAGCAGAAGCAGAUCAGUGGACUGCAGAUGAAUAUCCUUUAAUUUCACCUGUCAGCAGUUUAAAAACAACAGACUACGUGUGCUUUCACAUGAACGGGAUAAAAUGCAGUCGGACGAUCCUCAGUCUUUGAAACGAGUAAAGAAAUGUGAUAUAGAUGUGCAUCCUACAGAGAAAGCACUGGUGCUACACUAUGAACUGGAAGCGUCUAUUUUAGGAGAGACAGGUGAUCCCAUGCACAAGGGCAGAAAAGAAUGUCAGAAAAUUAUCCGGCUGAGGAGUUUAAAUGCAGGCACUGAUAUUCCUUCACUGGCCAGGAAGGUGGUGGAAGAGUGCAAGCUCAUUCAUGCAUCAAAGUUGGCAGAGGUGGAACAUCUGCUGCUGUAUUUACAGGGCCGAAAGAAACCGAGUAGCAAAUUGGAGAAGAAAGAAAAGAAGCCAGUUCAACCCAAAGAACUGAUGCCAUUUGAAGGAAUGGAAAUUGAUGAAGAGGCUAACAUUAAUAAAAUAGAUGCAUACAUGGAGCUUUUGUAUGAAGGCUUCCCAGAGAAGAUUAGAGGAUCCACUCUGAUUCUCCAGCUGGCCCGUAACCCUGACAACCUGGAAGAGCUUCUUCAUAAUGAGACUGCGUUUGGAGCUUUGGCCCGAGUGUUGAGAGAAGACUGGAAACAGAGUGUGGAAUUAGCUUCUACUAUUGUCUACAUCUUCUUCUGCUUCUCAAGUUUCUCUCAGUUCCACACGCUGAUUACUCACUAUAAGAUCGGCGCUCUCUGUAUGACCAUCAUCGAGCAUGAACUGAGGAAAUAUGACCUGUGGCAGGAUGAGUUUGAGAAGAAGGACAAAGCUUGUGAUGAGGACCCCGACAACCAGACCUUAAGAAAGGAGCACGAGAAAACCCUCAAGAAAUACCAAGGUCUGUUGCUCAAACAGGAGCAGCUGCUACAAGUUGCUUUCUAUCUGCUGUUAAACCUGUCUGAAGACACUCGCACAGAGCUCAAGAUGAGGAACAAGAACAUUGUGCACCUGUUGGUAAAGACUCUGGACAGAGAGAACGAUGAACUGCUGGUGCUGGUGGUCUCCUUCCUCAAAAAGCUCAGCAUCUUCUUGGAAAACAAAAAUGACAUGGCCGAGAUGGAUACCGUGGAGAAGCUUGCUCUUCUGGUACCAUGUGAACAUGAAGAUCUGCUGAACGUCACUCUGCGACUCCUUCAUAAUUUGUCCUUCGACACAGGCCUGCGUACCAAAAUGGUGCAAGUGGGUUUGCUUCCCAAACUCACCGCUCUGCUGGGUAAUGACUCACACAAGCAUGUGGCGAUGUGCAUUCUCUACCACAUCAGUGUUGACGACAAAUCCAAAUCCAUGUUUGCUUAUACUGACUGCAUCCCACAGCUGAUGCAGAUGCUGUUUGAACACGGUGAGGAGAGAAUCGACACCGAGCUCAUCUCCUUCUGCAUCAACCUGGCCGCCAACAAGAGGAAUGCUCAGAUCAUCUGCGAGGGAAACGGUUUGAAGAUGCUGAUGAAGAGAGCGCUCAGACUGAAGGACCCGUUGCUGAUGAAGAUGAUAAGGAACAUCUCGCAGCACGACGGCCACUUAAAACAGCUGUUCAUUGAUUUUGUGGGUGACCUGGCAGCUCAGAUCAAGCAGGAGGGUGAUGAGGAGUUUGUUAUUGAGUGUUUGGGUACAAUGGCAAAUCUUACCAUCGCUGACCUGGACUGGGAACUCCUGUUGAAAGAGUACAACCUGGUGCCCUACCUCAAAGAUCACCUCAAACCCGGCUCAGCAGAGGAUGAUCUGAUUCUGGAGGUGGUGAUCAUGAUUGGUACGGUGUCCAUGGAUGACUCGUGUGCCGUCAUGCUCGCUAAGUCCGGCAUCAUUCCUGCUCUCAUUGAGCUGCUCAAUGCCCAGCAGGAAGACGAUGAAUUUGUGUGUCAGAUCAUCUACGUCUUCUACCAGAUGGUCUUCCACCAGGCCACCAGAGAUGUCAUCAUUAAAGACACACAGGCCCCUGCUUACCUCAUCGACCUCAUGCACGACAAAAACACGGAAAUCCGGAAGGUUUGUGACAACACUCUGGACAUUAUCGCCGAGUAUGAUGAAGAGUGGGGCAAGAAGAUCCAGAACGAAAAGUUUCGCUGGCACAACUCUCAGUGGCUGGAGAUGGUUGAGAGCCGACAGAUGGAGGACACGGAGCCCUACCUGUACGGCGACGACCCUGACGACCUGGAUCAGCCCGAUCUUUUCUACAGCACGGACGGUAUGAUGCCCCCUGAGCCAGGCCUCAGUCCAGACUUCUACAACCAGUUUCACGCUCAGAACGGAGACUUCAACAGCUGCAAUGGAGCCGAUGGACGUCCUGCCACUGCCUACGGCUUUCGUCCGGACGAGCCGUUCUUCCAGGGGUACUGAUCCACCAGACAAAGCUGCUGUGUUAACUCUGUCUCCUUGUUU